GCGGAGCGGUGCUGUGCGUGGGCCUGGUGGGCUCGAGCGGGCGCCGUGGCGGGGGAGGGCAGGGACCGGCCUCUCCUCGGACUCUCUCAUCGCCUUUCGCCGCCUGUUUGCUGCGGGAGCACCGGCCUGGUUACUUCUGAGGGAAGAAGCGGGACGGCGGGGUAGAUGGCACUUCUGCGGACAAGGGCUUGUUAUCCAAAAAGUUGCUCAUCUUAAGUAAACUCUUCGAAUAUGUUCUGAGUUCGUGGAAAGGACACUGUUAAACACACCUUUAUUUUGCUGAUAAUGGAUGAAGAGAGUCUGGAAGCAGCCAUUCAGACCUAUAAUGCCCAGCUGCAGCAAGUGGAGCUGGCUUUAGGGGCAGGCCUGGACCCAUCACAGCAGUCGGACUUGAUUCAGUUGCAGGAAGAUUUAAAGCAGCUUAUAGAGCUGACUGAAUCCAGCCUGGUGUCAGUGAAAAAGAGCAAACUUCUGGCUACUUUAGAUACAAAUGCCUCCUCCUCCUCCUCCCCAGUAGGUCUUGCGGAGCAGGACACCAACCCAGACAGUUCUGCCCAAGAUGAGGAGUACGCUGCUUUUAAGGAAGCCAUUGCUGAGCUCGGAACCGAUGAGAAGCCUUCAGCUAAUGACGAUGGGAUAUCAUCAAAGAGAGAUGAAGAAACUGAUGACAAAAGUGAAUCAAAGUACAGUGAAGAGGAGGAGGAGUCUGACAGAGAGGAGGAGGAAUUGAGUGGGAUGAAGGUUAAAGCCCCCUACUACAGUUCUUGGGGCACCCUGGAGUACCAUAAUGCCAUGAUUGUGGGGACAGAGGACUUAGAAGACGGCAGUGCAGGAGUCAGAGUGCUGUACCUCUAUCCAACUCACAAGUCUCUGAAGCCGUGCCCAUUCUUCUUGGAUGACAAAUGCAGAUUUAAAGAGAACUGUCGGUUUUCGCAUGGUCAGGUGGUCUCUGUGGAAGAGCUUCAGCCAUUUCAGGAGCCCAAUCUGAGCACGCUGGAGGUGGGCUCAGCCUGCCUGGCGAAACACAGCGAUGGAAUAUGGUACACUGCAAAAAUAACUGACAUCGACAGUGGUUACUACACUGUGAAGUUUGAUUCUCUGCUGCUCAAGGAAGCUGUUGUGGAAGGAGAUAGUGUCAUUCCCCCACUGCGAAGUGAAGAUGGUGCUGAAUCUGCUGAGUCUGAUGAAGACAGUGUUGAUGAUUCUGGUUAUGCUAAAGUGAUAGACUCAGGAGUUCCAGAGAAUGGGGAAUGGACUCCUGCAUGCAGUUCCUCUUUUGGUGGCUGGGAAGCCCAUACUCGUGGUAUCGGCUCCAAACUGCUCGUUCAGAUGGGAUACGAGUUUGGAAAAGGGUUAGGGAAGAAUUCUGAGGGCCGAGUGGAGCCGGUGCAGGCUGUGGUACUUCCUCGAGGGAAGUCCCUUGACCAGUGUGCUGAGGUGCUUCAGAAGAAGAAACAGGGGAAGCUAGACCCAGGCAAAUCGAGGAAAUGCCGAGCAAAGGGAAACAGCUCUGGACAGUCCCCUGCGGGCAGCCGUAAGCCUCCCCGCAACGUGUUUGACUUUUUGAAUGAGAAAUUGCGAGGUAAGAGCACUGGGGAGAAGGCUGGAGGGAUGGCACUGCCAGAGAGGAACAGCAAAGAGAUCUACCAUGCUAGCAAGAGCACCAAGAAGGCCCUGAGUGUCCGCCUCUUCCAGACAAUGGAGAAGAUUGAACAAACGCAGCGGGAUAUCAGAGGAAUCCAGCAGGCCCUGGCACGCAACAUUGGACGGCACAGCAUUGCUACAGCUCAGCUGGAGGAGAAGCUGGCUAAUGCGCACAAACAGCUGGGGCAGCUGCAGGCCCAGGAAGCCAGUCUGCAGCGGGAGCAGAAGAAAGCAGACACGCAUAAGAAAAUGACUGAGUUCUAGUCUCUGAGAAAGGCGUUUGACUGCAGUGAUUGUCCUUCUAGCCAGCCCCAGUGCUUGUGGCCUCAGAGCCUGGGUGAGCCAUCCUGCUCCUCUGGGCUUCAGGCUGCCCAGCCUGAAAACUGGGCUGAAAAGCAGCAGUUUCUAAAACUAGAUGCUUCUGAGCUCUGCUGGGAGGGGGAGGAGUACACAUCCGUCCAGCCCUGAAAGCCUCCAGUAAGCCUGAGCCUUGUAUAAGGACUAGCUACAAGAAAUAUGAUUCUCUGCUCUCUUGCACACUUCUUUCCUCUGUUAUCACUACGGUAGCACCUCCAUCCAGAGUCUGUAGCUACUCGGGGGAUAACAUUGCUGGCUACGAACCAGCUGAGGAGGGGCUUUGAAAGCCCCACAUCCUGCCAUCAACUGUGGCUUGUGUUUGCAGCCAACCGACAAACACAAGUGGAGGCAGGGUCCCGAGCACAUUCCGGCGAAGCAGAAAAGGCUUGUGCUGGGUGAAAACAGCAAAGGCAAAUUGCUUUAACUGCUCUCUACCUUCUGGUGUUUGCUAUGGGAUUUAUCUGAGAACUGAGGUUUUUUGGGAGCAGUUCCUUGUAGCCCUAGUGUAAUGAAUAGACAGAAAACUGGCGGCUUGGAGGUGGGUACUAGUGGCCUCAAGCAUCAGAUUUCAUCACUUUGACUGUAAGAGUAUCCCUAGGACGUGCUAUAGCCUAACUCAUUGACUUGGCAUGGAAAGCUGCGUGGUUCCACAAGUAGAGUGCCAAAGCUGGGGGAAUAAGACAGCAGAGUAACGGAUUCUCAAACCUCCUAGCUAGGAACAACUCCGCAGGGAGCCCUGUGAUUUUUUGCCAUUGUUACUUGAGUUUUUCUGUCCUAGGUGGCUCACUGAACACGUGUCCUUUUACUAAAAAACCUCAGGACCCAGAUCCAGGUUGGACUGGGGCCCGGAUGAGCACAAAGAUCAGGAGGUCUGUAUGUGCCCAGCGUGCAGCCCUGUCUGUGGGAGAGCUUCAGGCUAUGCUGCAAGCAGGCCAUACAAGCGAAGUGCCCUUCCCUGCAGCAUGGAGAGUCUUUGGACAGGAAGGUUGUCUUCUCCCCUAGGUUAUAUUCUGCGUUGGCAGCAGCCAGUCCUUGCCCGAGAGGAGAUGGUGGUUUCACCAGAUUCUGUUUCUGGUGGAACUUGUGCGUUGUAACUGCUUUUUAAAAAAAAAAAAUUUGUUUGCAAUUUCAUGCCAGUAUCUUAAGGGCACAUUUUUUUCUUAAUUUAAGAAAUUGAUUUCCUUUUAUUCCGUGAGUCAUUUUUCUAAUGAAAAGUUUUCCUCCUUUAGUACCACCUUUUUUUAUCUGUUCCUAAGAAACUUAUAAAGCUGUCAGCCUGGUCAGGGCUGCACCUACUUGUAGGGUCAGGCUGCCAAACUAACCAGAAAAUCUAAGGCUGAAGAAGAUACGAUCAGAGUUGUUCAAGUCAUGUGGGAUUUAGCAUUGCUGCAGACACACCUCAGAAAACACAGAGCAACAGCAAAAGUAAACAAGAUGAACAUCUUCAGGAAACCUGUUAGAGUGACUCUCUUCUCUUGGAAAGCAGUUGGAUCCUGCUGUGAUGGGCACCAUGUAGAUGUGAAAGGUAGCGUGGGCUGCCUUGAGCACUUCAGCAUCCAUCAGUUUCUAACUAAAUUGGCCGUACUAUCUUCAUUGUUCUGAAUUUGUGUUCUCCACGCACUGGGCUUAACUCGAGGGUUUAACAAUGGUUGCUCAGUGCCCUUCCCUCACAAAUGACUGUUUGUUCCCCACACUGAAAUGUUGAGUGGUGACAAGGAUUAAUGUGCCCAGCUUAGCAUGGGUGCUCGCUGAAGUGGCCCAUGACUGGUGAGCCAAGCCGCACAGAGAAAUUUCUUGGGUUUGUUUUGUGCUCUGACACUAUAUAACAUCAUUGGCUCCUCUUUAAGAAUUGGGUGUAUUAGCCCUGUGUCUCGGCUAAGAUGUAUUUUGACCCUUCCUUGGGAUUUCCACAGCCUUACUUGUCAGACUCCUAUUCAAAUGGCUGCUCCCUCCCACCCAAGACAGUUCAAGUCCCUGGUGAAUAAAGUUGGUUUUUAUUUUUUUUUCCCCUCUGUCCUUGUAAGGCAUUGUUCAUUUGCAAGGUAAUGAUGAUCUGUGGCGACCCAUUCUUUCCUUAUAUUCCCCUGCGGAUAGAGAGCUGGCACUAAAACCAGCUCGGUGGGAAGUGGAGCGCGGCAGAGGGUGCUCUUAUGUGCCGGAUGCCUGCAGAGCCCGUCUGCAGCGCUGCUCGCAGCCAAGGCGGGGAGAAACCCAGCCUACCACUGGGUGAAGCAACCACCUCUGCAGGCCAGGAAGCGAGCUGUGGUGUGUGCUGCAUGGUGUCUGCUCAGAGCUGUCUGCUCUAGAAGGAGCUAAAGAGGAGUGGGAGAGCUCAGAUCGAGAUGUUUGAAAUGUUCGGAAACCCCUAACGAGGAGUAACUCUGUGGGAUAAAAGAAACGAAAUUCUCCAGGUUGGCUGGCGAGGAAGAGAGCAUGAUCGGAUUCCCACUCUUCACACUCACCGGCUUUUGAGUUUCUGCUAAGUAAGUGGUGUUUGCUUUCUUGCCUGGUGAACUGGGGUAUCUGCAGCUACACCAGGGGUUGAAAAAUACGUAAAAAACCCCUGAUCUAUAUAGAAAUUCCAGCGUUGUCGCGGAUGCUGUUGCAGCUAGCUAGACUGGACAGGCAGGAUUCCUACUCAACGCUGCAGUGGGGAAGCAUCGGCUGGGUUAAACUUUCAGUCGGCUGCGAGGAGGGCUGUGAGCUUUGUGCCGCUUAAUGCUUUGUGCUCUGCAAGCAUCUGGGCUUACAAAGGAGGAAAAGGUGCUUGAGCUUGGCAACGCUGCUGGGGUCCCGUGGCUUGAAUCUAGAGGUUGAGCGGGAACCGAUUACUUUCUUGGGGAAUGAGUUGUUGAGUUCAGAGGUGUGUGGCAUUCUUUUUUUUUUCAACAGAAAAAUUUCCAGUUGUCUUGUGGGGAGGGGGACUAGAGUUUUUGCUUGCAUGUGGAACAGCUCUUGGGGAACGUCUGAGCUCCUGGCUGCAGGUGAGAAGGCUUGAGAGAGUGUGAUCAUUGAAACGCUGUCCUCUGUAAACCUGAAAUUAUGUAAAACUACUGAAUGUGUGGCAAGAAAACCACUGUGGUAGGCAGGUGAUUCUCUAGAAAACAUGUUUCUGCUUAAUAUGCCCAUCCUGUAUUUUGGAAUCUGGCUUCCCAUAACCGCAGGACCGAGGUCUCUGCUGGUGUCCUGCUGUGGCUCAGCUCUGCAGAAAAUCUCUCUAGCAGGUUCUCAGCUUCUGCUUGAAAGUGCAUUUCUCUGCCCAAGUGAGGGCAUUUCCAGCAGUCACGGAAGGGCGGGAAGAGAGAAAAAUGCUGAAAUGAUGUCAGCCUCGACCAAAGCCACACGGUGUGAGCAGGCGGGUCGCUUACCUUAAGGUGUAAGACUAUAUUUUCACAAAAGCCACUCUGGCAUAUGAGUAACGAUCAGGACUGUAAUUAGAAGCAUGCGUCCAAGUUUUGUGACAUUUGGGUCUGGCGUGUAGAAAUACAGUUGGCCCUUUCUAAAUGAAAUGCCUCCACAGGAGUUCGACCGUGAAAUCUCUCCCCCCCGCUGCAGAAAUGUGAGUGAAGUGGGUGAGAUCUCGUGCCUGCUCCAUGUUUGAAAUAGUCUUAAGAUGUACUAAUUGCAUCCCAUGGUCUAGGGCAGAUUCAGUGUUGUUGACUAAUUGUUAUGGGGCUUUCACUCUUCAUAAUUGAAAAGAAAAAAAAGACCUA